ACAAGGGGGACACGCGGAAAAGAAAAUGGGCUGGAUUAUUUUUAAAUGGCUGCUCCUGGGGAUCUGUACGAACUGCUUGAUUCUUUCUGACAGAAAUGUUAAUAUUGUGGAUGGGGAUCGGUGCCGACUAUUUUGGCAGACACCCUGUGGAGAUGGCUGUGCCCCAGUGUCUUGGCUGUGUGAUGGAGAUGAUGAUUGUCCUGGUGGUGUAGACGAACAAUGCGGGUAUGCAAGAUGUGAUGAAAAGAGAAUUUGGUGUAAUGGUAUUUUCUGCCUUGAUGAGAGGAAUGUGUGUGAUGGAAAAACAGACUGUGCUGAUGGUUCAGAUGAAAUUAACUGCCCAAACAAAACCUGCCUUGGAAUGCAAUGGCAAUGCAGGAACCAAAAAUGCAUCCCUACAAUUGCCAAGUGCAAUGGUGUUGAUGAAUGUGGGGACAACUCUGACGAGGAAUUCUGUGAAGCUAAACACAAAGAAACCUGUUCAGAAUACAAAUGCAGUAACAAAUGCUUACCUGAGAAUAAGAUUUGUGAUGGAAUAUCAGACUGCAUUGAUGGGAUUGAUGAACCGGAAUCUUGUGAAGGCACUACCUUCUUGGUGACAGCUGGACAGCGCAGUCUAGGGAUACUGGAUUUAAACAGCAGGAAGUACACAUCAAUGGUGGUUAACAAGGAAGUUGUGGCUGUUGCUAAUGAUCUAGCAAAGGCUGCUUUUUACUGGGUUGAUGUUGAAGGGAAUAUAUUUUGGUCACUAGCCAAAAAUGCCAGCACUCCAAUUUACAGAGAUAAAGGAGUGACUAGUAUUGCUACUGACUGGUUCACUGGGCUGAUUUACUGGACCAACCUCUUUGAGGAGAGAAUUUGUGCUGGCAUGUCUAAUGGCAAUGGAUUUACAACCAUCCUAGAGAAGAACAUAAGACCAGAGCAGCUGCUCCUCCUACCAGCAAAAAGUUACAUCUUCUGGGUAAACCAAAGAGAUGACAUCUACUCCAACAUUCGCAUUGAGACUGCAGGAAUGGAUGGUUCUAGAAGAAAAGUCAUUGUGGUUCUUGAUUCAUUGAAACCAAUUGGAUUCUCACUUGAUUAUCCCUAUGAGAGACUCUACUGGUUCAAUGAAGAUUACAAAUCUGUUGAAUCCAUCAAUGUGGAUGGCACUGGGAGGUUAUCAAUUUCCAACUUGGACAUCACAAAACCUCAAGGAUUUUCAGUAUCUGACGGUUGGUUCUACUGGUCUGAAGCAAAUAAAGUUUUCCGUAUAUCCCACCAUCUGAGAAGGCCAAAGGAGGUCUUGAUAGAUCCUGCAGUAGCUUUCACUUUGACCAUAACCAACCAGCAGCAAAAAAGUAAGUCCUGUUUUGCUCAUAUUUGCAAACAAACCAUGAGCAAUGGAUGUUUCUAA